AUGGCUAAUCUUCUGACACUACCUGUAGAGACUCAACUUGAAAUCUAUCAAAAUCUGAACAACAUCGACGAUGCUCUCCAUCUUGCCCGCGUCUGCAAGCUCCUAAACAAUGUUUUUGAGACUCCCCCAAAUCGCCUCAAUAUCCUACGGUGCAUCAUUCAAAAUGCGCCCCAGCACAAGAACGACCUGCAGCUACACGAGAGUGAAGCCUGCUUUGCGGCCUUUGUAGACAAUUUCGAUAACCUGCGGGUGCCGAGCGACCAUAGACGUCCAUUCUACCCAGGCCUAACCAUAGUCAGCUCCGAAACCACCACUUUGUCCGCUGGGAUCGUGUGGUCCAUUGUUUGUCGAUGGCAUGCUAUGAAAUUCCUCUUCGACCUCUAUUGCGAUUCCACUAUCCGUCCGGAGUUUCUCCGUUCUAUGAUUCCCUACGUGGCGGAUGGAUUACCUCAAACUAACCGAUGGAAGAUUAAUGUGGCAUACGAGGUCCCGCUCUCGCUGCCUUCAUGCCAGGACCUCGAAUCCCUUCGAGCUUCUGAAAAGCAACGAGCUUACGAGCGCUUUUAUCGAGCUUUGUGUUCACAUUGGCGGUUACUGAAUAGAAUUUGGGCCCUACGAAUCUCACGAUACUGGACGCCAGAAGCGAAGAGCGCGGUAUUUGCUCAAUCCUGGAAAAGUUGGGUAGAUGAUUCUACACGUGAAUCUCUACAAGAGAAAUUCGAGGCCAUCGAGGUGAUUGACUACGUGUGGGACUUUCUAGCACGGAAAACAUUCCCAAAUCCUGAUCGACUUUCUGCUUGGCUCCGUGGCGACAUGGAAAUGCAAGAAUUACAAGAUCCACCAGAGUCAGCAGCCGAUAAUUGGCUGUACUUCUUUCACACAACAAAGCAUUAUCUUCGUCCCCCACAUAUUAUCGAGCUCUUGAAUCAUGUGUGGAAUCCAGGAAGGAGAGCAUUGGAACAACCAGCCUAUGUGCACAGCCUAGGUUUGUUUUACUUUCCCGGAGAGGUGCACCCUGAAGGCGUGCAGAACGACAAUGGUGUAUUUAUGAUUCAGGAACCACCAGGGAUUUUCUUCCUGUUUAAUUGGAUCGAACUAGCUGGUAUAUAUCGGCUUCUUGACACGUCGACUGGAGAGCUGUGGAAACAUUAUAGGUAUCGCCAUUGGGUUAAUGAUCUUAGAGGCCGAGUACUCUUUUCACCCGAGCCCGACGAUCGAUUGCUGGAACGUAUAAGAAAAUUGGAAAAGUGA